CAAGGAAGCAAAGAAGAAGAUUUCUCUUCAAGAAAGUCUUGAUUCUUCAUGUACUCACUGCAUUAAAUAGGAUACUCUCACCAUCCUCACCAUUUCACUCCACUUCAAUACUCUCUCUCUUAGUUGUAGCUAGAACUGCAUGUGAACAUCUUUGCAACAUGGGAACAACUACACUACUUUGGGCUUUCUUGAACAUUGUGAUCAUGCAAUGUUUUCUAGGCUCAAUCUUGGCAAGAAAAAUAAUAGUACAAGAGAAGGCAGAUGCAUCAAUCCCAAUCACAAGUGUAUCACCUCCCGAGGGGAACACCACGUUUCUGGCCGGCACCAAUUGGUGCGUGGCCCGACCUGGUGUCCCCCAAAACGAUCUAAAGAUCGCUUUGGACUGGGCGUGUGGGCUUGGGAGAGCAGAUUGUCGCGCUAUACAGGCCGGGGGCCCGUGUUUCGAGCCCAACACACUGCUAUCCCAUGCAUCUUAUGCUUUCAACAAUUACUAUCAGCAAAAUGGGAACAAUGCCAUUGCUUGCCAUUUUGGAGGGACGGCUGCACUUACACACUAUAAUCCUAGUUAUGGAAGAUGUUCUUUCAUCACCUCAUCCGAGUCGUUGAAAGCUUCAUCAGCGUCGUCAUUCAAAUACAAGGCAAAAGGCAUUUGGUGGAAGAUUCAUGUAGUUAUAGUUCUACUUUUAUAUUUAUCCAGGAAAAUGAUCCGAAUGAGCUCGAAUUUUUCUUCAUAUUGUAGCAUAGUAUGCAAAAGAUUUUGAUUUUCAUUUAUCCACAGAAAAUGUUUUGGACUAUAGCUUAAAUGGGCUUACUGAUUAUAAUAAUGAUACAUUUUAUUAUUGUUUA